AUGAGCCUACUAGAUCUACAUUCUGUUACGAUUUUUGAUAACUCUACCCAAUCAUCAUUAAUUCCUUUCCAAUCCCUGCUUGAGGAUGGACUAGAUUUAUCAUUCACAUUCCGAGUGUUGCAAGAUUUGAAACAAGUUUAUUGGAAUAUUUAUUAUGUUGUAGAUUUAGCCAACAGCAAACAAAUUGUUCCUGUGGGGAAAAGUAAUGUGUUUGAUUAUAGAGCAUCAUCAACUGAGUUUGAACAAUUUAAAUAUUCCGUUGACAAACUUCCUCUUGAAAACAUUCCAAUGAUCUUAUUGAAUAAUGUAGGCUCACUUGUGGCCUCUCUUCGCAAUAGCAACGAUGACUCGGAAUUGUUUAAAUGCUCCAUAGUAGUGCAAUCAGAAAGAAAUGAGCGAGAUGGAAAAUUAUAUCGCAAUAUUCUGAAUCCCAUGGAGUAA